GGCCUUAUUCCAAUAACUAAUCGGGCUUCUAAGCCUUAGCUGAACCCAUGGCUUCUACUGGCCAUGUCAGUGUCCUUCGGCCUCCACUUCUUGAUACUGUACGUACCGUUCUUGGCUCAACGAGUGGCUGCUGGUUUUGGCAGUGGCCCUUCCCGUGAUUCUUAUCGACGAGCUUCUUAAAUUCGUCGGAAGGUGUACUACCAGCCUACGUUACGCUCCUCGUACCACCGUCCCCUCCAAGCAGAAGGCUGAGUAAGAGAAGAAGCGCAGCGUUAGAGACUCUCGGACACUUUUUUUCUUGUCUCAACUUCAAUGCAGAAACUCUUGUUUUUUUUUUUUGUCUGAGGACGGAGUUGUGGCAUUUUGUAUUCAAACUCCAUAAACUGAAAUUUUCAUUUAUACAAAUAACAUUCCAUUACUUGCGGACUGUCUCCCGGCUCCCCCCAUGUAUUUGAUAGAAUGGUAUUUUUAUCUGUCCAUUUUCGUCAACGUUGUUUGUAGCAAAAUAUCGCGACUUUCCAAUGACAAUUCCAAGCACUUUAUUUAGACCGUGAACUGCCACCAAAAGAGAGAGCAUCGACGAUGGCCGAUCACCACCACCACCACCACCGGCCCAAUCGUCUAAGCGUGCCUUCACGCGCCGCCGUGACAGCCGGCAGAUCCUACCCUUCUUUCCCUUACACUCCGACUCCCACACCCUCCAAAACCCGUCUCUCCAGAUCCAUCCAUGGAAGCGGCAAAUCCUCCAUUUCCUUCCUCUUCCUCAUCCUCUUCUCUCUCAGAUCCCUAUACUCUCUCUUCCCUUUCCUUCGCUCCUCUCCUUCCUUCUCCCUCUUCCCUUUCUCCUUCCUCGUCUCUCUCCUCUCCUUCCUUCUCUCCCUCGCCUUCUCCCUCCUCCCCGCACUUUCUCGAUCCAGGAAAGAUCCCUUCUUCCGCCAGAACCAUGCCGUUUUCUCCCUCUCGUCUCUCUCGUCAUCUCAUCGCAACCUCUUGUUCGGUAAAUCUCUUCUUUUGGCCGCUGUGUUCCUCCUCCGGUUUCAGGCUCUCCGUUAUUGCGGCGCUGCUGCUAUGAUCUUGGCCGAGCUCUCCGGCACCGUGGCUGCGAGAUUUGUUGUGGAGGCUCAGAAUCGAAGGUCCAGCGAUGGAGGCAACAUCGGUUCCUCUAAGGUUCGUGGGUUUUGCGUUCUCUUAGUUGGGUUGUUGUUGUUGUCGAUCAGCUGGGAUAGGGUUGACUGUUUCCCUUUCUCUUCUUCGUUUGUCCAAAAAUGGGGGUUUUGGUUUUACCCUAGAGAGAAUUGCAUCAGAAUCUGGCCUAUGCUGCUUCCCUUUCUAUCUGGGUUUUUGGGCUGCUAUGAGAAGGUUUCCAUGAAUUGGGUCGGAAUCAGACAGCUUGAUCAGAAGCGAGUUCGAUUGGUCUCCUUGUUCUUGACCACGGCAUUGCUCUUCAUCCCUGCCCUUGUGAGUUUCCUGUUCUUCGAAGGCGACAAAGACGGUGUGUCAAUCGAAAACCUGGGUUGGCCUUUAGCUAACACUGUUGUCUUUGGAGUGCUUCUUAGUGAGAAUUACAGCAAAGAUAAGAUAGCGGAUUCAAAAGAUUUCGAAAAGGAGUUCUUGGUCACGUUUCUUUGCACCAUAGUAUUGGAACUCUUCUACUUCCCCGAGCUCUCCCUCUGGGGCUUGCUCUUGUGUGGCAUAUUGCUCUAUGUUGCUGUCAGAGACUUGGACUCAGUGUACUAUCACGAGAUCGGAUUCGAGUCACCAGAUUCGCUUUCUGCCUUGUUUAUGAAACCAAUACGUCACAUUUUGAGCGAGAAGAAAUCUCGGAAGAUUGCUCUGUUCCUACUGAUCAACGCUGCUUACAUGGUAGUAGAGUUUGUGGCUGGGUUCAUGAGCAAUAGUCUUGGACUGAUAUCAGAUGCAUGCCACAUGCUGUUUGAUUGUGCAGCUCUGGCCAUAGGGCUCUACGCUUCGUACAUAUCUCGUCUACCCGCAAAUCAUCAGUUUAACUAUGGUCGGGGAAGGUUCGAGGUAUUGUCUGGUUACGUUAAUGCGGUGUUCCUCGUUCUUGUUGGAGCUCUGAUUGUGUUGGAAUCGUUUGAGAGGAUCUUGGAUCCUCAGGAGAUAUCUACGAACAGUCUGUUGGUUGUUUCGGUUGGUGGGCUUGUCGUGAAUGUUGUCGGCUUAAUCUUCUUCCAUGAGGAGCAUCAUCAUGCCCAUGGUGGAUCUGGAUGCACACAUUCUCACCAUCACCAUCAUCACCACAGCCAUGAACAUGAGCAUCAUGAAGCUAUCACACUGUCCUGUGAGCAUCAUCAUCAUGAUAAAAGUGAGGACACUGGCUGCCAUGAUCAUCACCAUCACCACCAUGACAAUCAUGAUCACCAUCACGGCCAUGGCCACCAUAGCCAUGAUCAUCAUCACGGCCAUGAUCACAACCACAGCCAAGGUCAUGACCAAAACCCGGCAAAACCUGAAAACAGCCGGAAAUCAGACCACAAGUCGGCGCAAAAGGACCAUAAUCAUCAUCACAUCGACCACAACAUGGAAGGGAUCUUCCUCCACGUUCUGGCAGACACAAUGGGAAGUGUCGGCGUCGUAAUAUCGACGCUCUUAAUCAAGUACAAGGGCUGGCUGGUGGCCGACCCGGCUUCCUCAAUCUUCAUCUCGGUGCUCAUCAUCUCCUCAGUCAUUCCAUUACUCAGAAACUCGGCAGAGAUUCUUCUGCAGAGAGUUCCAAGGGUUCAGGAGCGAGAUCUGAGGGAAGCUGUGAGGAGAAUUCGAGGCAUUAGAAGUAUACAGAGGCUCCAUGUUUGGAGCUUCACGAACACAGAGGUGGUGGCCACUCUCCAUCUCCUCGUAUCAGCAGAUUCAGACAAGGAGUCGACCAAGAGACAUGUCUCGAGCUUGUUAGAAGAUGCAGGUGUAAAGGACCUUACUUUGCAGGUCGAUUGUCUUAACUCGUAGCAAUAGAAAUGGCUCUGUUUCUGAAACUUGGGACUCCUCCUUGAUAAUUUUUUUUAUUUCCUUGUUUUACUUUGGGCAUUUUCAUGGAAGAAAAGGAAGAAAAAAACUCUUUUUUGGGUACACGGCAACAAUUUUUCGAUAAUUAGAAAUGAGCACAGAUGCAGAGACUCCAUUACAGCCGUCAGAUCAUCAGAGACUACAACUUGCUAUUAAUCCAACGGCUGUUAGUGGACGUACUUAUAUUCCCAUCUCUUUGUGAUUUUGUCCUCGACCUGGUUAGCUCUGAUCUGAGAGACGAAGAAAAAGCUCACAGUAGUAGGAGGAGGAGAAGGAGAGAGAGAGAGGCAUGUUCUUCACUAUCAUCGAUAAUGAUGAUGAUGAUGAUGCGAAAAACACGACCUUCAUUGAUAAAGCAGAUGGGCAAUUUCAACUGUGGAAUCUCUGUCCGAGCGUAUUGUAAGAUCUCUGUCUCCAAAUCAGAAUCUCUCAUUUUGCAAUUAAGAAAUGGAGAAGGAUAAGAAGACGAAUGGAAGCUGAAAUCUGUUCAUCGAUCAUAUGAAGUAUAUCACUGCAAAAUCCAAAAGGUACAUAGGCCAAGAACGAAGCCAUGGGCCAUGGCUCAAAGAUUCGCCUUGGAAUUAAACUCAAAUGCAAUGGAAGUAAAUGCUUUGAUGUU